AUGAUAUCACAAAUCAAACAGCAAUCUAAGACGAAACUUUUUUUCGAUAUGAAUCGACUAUCUUUAUUUUGGUUUAUUACUAUUCUAAUAAUAAAGACAAUAAUCAUUUCAAAAGUAGCAGAAACAUCGAAAGUUAAAAAAUCGGCACAAUCUGUCAAUGCAUUGAUUGUUGUUGACGUUCAAAAUUGUUUUAUAAAUGGAAAUCUUUCAUUAUUAAAAGCUUCCGCUGGUCAAGAUGGUGCUGAAGUUAUUCCUAUUAUAAAUAAUUUAAUUCGUACCAUUCCAUUUGAUGUUAUUGUUUAUACACAGGAUUGGCAUCCAUCGAAUCAUAUAUCAUUUUUCGAAAAUCUUCACUUUCGUAGACAGUAUUUAGCGGGUAAUCAAAAUCGAACAAUAAAAGUGUUCGAUACAGUAAAGUAUCUUGGUCCGAAAUAUAAAACAAAACAAGUUCUAUGGCCUGUACACUGCAUACAAGAAACAGAAGAUGCAGCAUUACACAAGGAUCUCGAUGUUAUUUCAUCGUCAAAUAGAGUUAUUCAUAUAAGAAAAGGCACUGAUCCCGAUAUUGACAAUUAUUCAGCAUUUGUUCAUAAUCAAGGAAUUAAGAAUUCUGAAUUAAACAAGAAGUUGAAAGAACAAAAUGUUACACAAGUUUUUAUUGUUGGAUUGGCUACAGAUUAUUGUGUAGCAUCAACGGCUCUUGAUGCUUUCAAUUUGAAUUAUAGAACAUACAUUGUUCAAGAUGCGACUAGAGAAACAUUACCAAUAGUCAACAAAUCAGUCUUGAUAUUUGGUACUCAUAAUGUAUAA